AUGCUGAUCCGUUUCGACCAAGGCAUUGAGUAUGACUUGCAAUUCUCGCCUUUGGAGACGGUUCGUGGGGCUUUUCUGACGGACAUGGAGUUCUUGCAGAACCAGAAUUGGUUGAGCCCUGAAAGUCGCGCUCUUCAUUUGAGUUUUUUGCUCUAUAACUCGAACUACGACCGAUUCAUUUCCAACCGGUACAGCGUUGAGAUGACCGGCUUUGGCGUGGUCCGGCCGCUCGCGCAGGUCACGAUCUUUAGGCCGGGCAUUAUCGAGUACAACAUUGGCCUUCAGCAGCUCUUGACCGACGUGAUCCGGCUUUUCUUCGUGUUGCUGAUCUGCCCACUUCAGAUCUACUGGGACUUCAUGUACGAAAGACGGGUGAAUGGUUCUGGCUGCAAGCACUUCUACUCCGUCCAGGGCUUGGUUGACUUGGCCUUGGGUGUUACCUUCUUCGUGAUGUUUGGCUUGCGCUAUGGCAACUUUAACGUUAUGACUCCAUCAUACUCCAUCUACAAGACAAGAACAACAAACAGCCGCCAAGUGCUGUCCAUCGACUACUUUGUGCAACAUGCGCAAACACCCUUAGACGCUGGAGAGCUUGCAAAACAGUUCAAGCUUCACAUCGCCAUCGAUGCGGUGAUCUCUGGGCUGCUCUUGUACCGCUUUGCCUUCUUCAUGCGCGUGAACCGCCAUUUCUUCCUGAUUUGGACCACGGUACAACAAGCCGCCAUCGUGGCUUUCAGGCUUCUCACCAUUGGCCUGCCAGUCUUUGUUGGGUUGAUUUUUGUGAGUAUGGCCGUUGGUUCCUCCUAUGAUGAGAUGAACAGGACCUUCUGGUCUUCCGCCAUGCGAGUGAUGCUGUUGAUCUACGCGGAGGUCGAGACAGUCAAGGACUAUGAUCCGAAUCGUGGGUGGCAGUUGAGUUUCAACGUUUGCCUCUACUAUUUCACCAGGUUGGUCUUUGUGAACUGCUGGAUCGCCGUGCUGAUUCAUGAGUAUCAAAAGGUCCGAGUGGCCGCUGGCUCCAUUGAGCGGUACAGGUGGAAGGAUUUCAUUGUGCGCUGCUUCCUCGCGUGCCAGGCCGUUCCGGAAUUUGUACCUCAACUUUUUAAGACCAAAAAUUGA